GCACCUUUCGCUCUCAAUACGCACGGCGCAGUCGACAGAGACGCGUGCGCUGGUCGGCAGGUGGCGCUGCAAGCGCGGGAAACGUGGGCCGGGAGGCGCCGAGCAUCCCGCGUCAAAAGAAGCGCGCGCGCUGCAGCGCCGUCGCUCCAUGCCGCUGCGUUCUACGAUGUGCAGCGAUGCGCGUGCGGGCUCCGUCCAGUGGAACGUGCUGCUGUCCGCGGCGUCCGUGCUGUCCGUGCUGUGCCGGAGCGGCGAGGGUUACGCCGUUCGCAAUCACGCGGUCUCCUGGGCCGCCACGUCGGAGGCGGAGGCGGAGGAGCGGGAGCUCCACGGCAGCUCCGGGGAAGAGCGAGAGGCGGCCUCCGCUCUUCUGGGGGGCACAGGCGGCAUGUGGAGGCAGGCUUACCCGGCGGCCUCCAUCUACAGCGAGGACGCGGACAGGAGGUCGGCGCCCCUGCUGGACGCCGAGCAUCUGGAGCGCGUCUCGUCCCCGUCCACGGUGUUCACGUACCGGAUGGAGGGGCUGAAAGCGGGCGGGGGCGUUCCCACGCCCCCCGUGGGCGGAGAGGCGGCGCGGGCGGCCCGCGACGCGGCGCACCGCAGCGACUGGGGCUUUCUGUGUGCCCUGCCCCCGCAAGAGCAGAUUAAAGGUGUGCCUUUUGGGAAUAUAUUCUCCCUAAGUGAUGGACCUCAGGGCAACAGCACUGGGAUUCCCUACUUCUACGUCACUGCGAGGGACUACACCGUGAGCAGCCUGAGGAGGUCCCCUGCGGCCUCCCUCUCCUUCCCCGAGGUGGGCGGGGACUUCUGCAGGAAGAGUGUGUAUAAGCCAGAGGAGUCCAGGUGUGUCCGGCUUACGCUGGUCGGCCGGAUGGUGGAGGUAGAUCCCGAGGAGGUGCCGUUUGCGGAGGAAACGGUGUUUUCUAGGCACCCUGUGAUGAAGAAAUGGCCCGUGGAACAUGGCUGGUUUUUCAUGAAACUCAUCGUGGAUCAGGUGUGGCUGCAGGACUGGGUGGGUGGGUUAUCCCGGGUGCCCUUGGAAGAGUACCUCAAAGCCAACCCCUACUGACGCUGCCCUGCCUCUGGAGGGAUUAAUCACUAACCAGUCCUGCCGGACUCAGUCCUGUGUGUACAUAAGACAGUUAUAACGGAGCAAAAUGAAGUUCAGGCUUUACAUGUGCAAGCAGUUUAGGUGUAUGAGCGCACCCUAAAUGUCUACUGUAAAUUUUAAAUAUGACAUACUAACCCAUAUUCAUGGUAAGAAUAGGAGAUAUAAAUAUUAUAAGUAUUCUGCUAUUCUAGUGCAUCCCUGCACCGAUCGCUGCCUGUACCUCCUGGGACAAGGUUCCCCGUCCCCUUGACCUUGCCCCCACUGCACCAUGAACCUUUCAGUCAGCAAGGAUUAUGGGAUGUUGUUUAGGGCCAGUGUUCUUCAUUAUUAAGGUUUCAAGAUCCCUGCCCUCCCAAUCGGGUGCCAAAGGAAUACUUUAAAGUUGCUUGCUUGUUCUUGUACCGCUGUAACAUCCUUGCAUCGAUAAAUCACUAAAACAAUUUUCUGUUCAGAGUGUUCUGUUAAGGGUGAAAGUAUCGAUGUGUUUUGUCUAACAGUUGAAAGAGUGAUCGAUUAUUACUCGACAAUGGAUGAAUGCACAAUUGAUUUUUUUUCCUUUUAACAAUCAAUACAGGAGAUUGAUAUGUCACGGAGCAGGCUCAGUUACAGGGGAAACAUAGUAAUAAAUCAUUUAAUUUCCUAAAAGUUUUUACUCACACUUGGUUAAAAAUGAUGGAAUUUAAGUCACUUUCAAAUCAUGCAUAGAGGUCAACAAAGUGCUAAUGCAGAGAAAAAAAAUGCUUCAUGCUGUAACACGAAAGCAAGCUGUCUUGCAACUAAAUUCUUCCACCACCUUAUGAAGGUAAUUUGUUCCUAAAAGAACCCCUUGUGAGGUGAAUUCUUACGACUUGAAUACAGUUACCAUUAUGUUCAAUGGCAAACAUCUGUAUGCAUUCCUGAGCCCCGAAAGUGACCCUCAUUCAUUUGAAAUGAUCACCAAAGCCUGUCAAAAUGAACAAGUGAUUAUUUCAAUAAAUACUACUUAUA